AUGGCAGAACAGCAACAGGGAGGCUCGCCGCCGUCGUGCAGCCAGACUCUAUCGUCAAAGUCCCCCUCUUCUUCUUCUUCGUCUUCCUCGUCUUCGACUGCCUCCGCUUCUUCUUCUUCUUCUUCUCUCUCUUCUUCGACCAGGAGAUCCCGUUCUGUCUCGCGAGGCCGCGCUGCGGAUUCGCCAGCUGCUGUUGCGCCUUCUGCCUCGACGUCUCCUACGUCUUGCGCAGCCGCACAACAUUCGACAGGUCCUGGCCCUCUUGGGCGAAGACAGAGGCGUCGGAAUCCGAAGGCUCCCUCCUCGUCGUCUCCUGUCUCCUCUUCAGUUUCAGCUUUUUCGUCGACACUCCUCUCACCUUCCUGCGAGUCUGACACAGAUUCCUCCCCUCCCCUCCUUUCUCUUCCUUCCGCGAACCUUCCCUCCAUGCCCGCCGUCCGCGAUCUACGCGCCUCUGCUUCUUCUUCUUCGCUUGCUUCCUCUCCUGCCUCUUCUUCUUCUCUCUCUGUGUCCCUCUCUCCUCUCGCUUCCUCUUCUUCUGUGUCUUCUUGUGUCUCGUCGUGCGUUUCUGAAGAGCAGGGGAGCCAUGGAAUGCCGCGAAAAGCAGCGACUCGACGAAGGCGCGCGCCCCUCGGUCUCCUCAGGGCGGUGGCUGCCGGAGCGAGGGCACACAGAGCCAAGAGUCUCUCUCGGCUACCAAACUUUAAGCUGCAGUCUUCGUCUCUCUCUCCGCAGGAGUUCUCCCUCUCUCUGCUGGACCCGGCCGCCUCAUCUGCACCAUCAGCCUCCUCUCUUCCUUGUUCCUCCACUCCUCUCUCCCCUUCUCAGCCUCCUUCUCCUUCUCUCUCUCCUUCGCUGUCUUCUUCUCCUUCUCUGUUUUCUUCUUCUCCUAGUCUCUCUCCUUCUCUGUCUUCUCCGUCUCUUUCUUCUCCUCCUCUGUCUUUCUCUGCGCCUGCUUGUCUCCACUACGUUUCUUCUUCUCCCUCUUCCUGUACGCUUCCUUCUGCCUCUUCGGUCUCAUUGGGUGACUGCAGUCGUGGAUCGGCGCUCUUAACAACAAGCAGAAGGCUGAGCACAGCGAAAGGACGCGAAGGAGAGACACACAAAGGAGAAGCAGACGUGAGGAAGGCGCAAGAGGCAGGACAGAGAGGAGAACGAAGCGACAAAACGACGCCUGACGAGCGAAAUGGAGAGAUACUCUCCACGGUCGACAAACAGAGCGACGAUGCAGAAGGCGAGAAAGGAGGAGGUGGAGGGGAGACAGUGCAAGCGGACGAUGAGAUGGAAGACGCAGGUGACGAAGAAAAAACUGGAGAGUGGACAGAAAUCACAGAAAACCGAGAAGAAUGCAAGAAAGCAGAGGGAAAGACAGAAGGUCAGAGGCGUCACAGUGAGAAGAAAGCAUACAGCAACGCCGGAGAAAGAGUCGCCUCAACCGUCGACUCGAAUCUCGACAGCGACGGAGAAGAAGACUCUGCGGACAACGAGGAAGCCGAAGAUUCACUGACACAGAGGGGGCGACACUGUGGAGUAGAGAGCAGUAAAGAGAGAGCAGACACAUCAAGAGACUGGCAAACGAGAGUCGCGAAGAACGAAGAGAGAGAAGAAGCAGAAAACGAGUUCGUAGAGAGCAGAAAGGGGAGAGAGGAGACAGAAGCAGAGCUUCGAGAAAAGCCGGGUCGUACUGUUGAAGACGCAGAACUCUGCCAAGAAAAAAGCGAUGCGGGAGCAUGGAGCCUGCAAAGGAGGACGGAGAUCGCAGGCGACCCAGGGAAACACCAUGAACGCGCAGAAGAGUUCCCCCGAGAAGAAGAGACGCGCACAGACGACCUUGCAGCAGAGAAAAUGGAAGGAAAAUCAGAGGCAAAACACCGUAUCACACGAGAGAGAAUGCCGGAAGCAACUUCUACCUCCGCCCCGUCGCUUCCUUCUUCCUCUUCUGAAAACGCUUCUGUCCAUGCUUAUCCUUCGUUUUCGUCUUUCUGUACCGCGAUGUUCGCCUCGUCAGAGCGGCGUCCGGGCGGACCUUCACCUCGUAGUUGUCUCGCGAAAUCCGUUGUUUCCAAAGUCGCCUUCUCGCCCUCUGCUUCGCCGCCGACGCUUGAUGCUCGUCCUUCCUCAGCUCCGUUGUCAGCUUCUUUCUUUUCUUCCGAAAAAUCCUCUUCUCCAGCUUCCAUCUCUCCCGCUGUCCGUGCUUCUCUCUCUCGGGCCUCUCGCUCUGUGCGUUUUCGCUCGUGCGCUACUUCGUCUGUUGUCUUGUCCGCGCCUUCGCGAGUGUCGCCAUUUUCUCUGCCUCUCUCAACAGGGCGUUCUUCUUCGCCUUCUCUCUCCUUUUCUGCGCCUUCUCAUCCGUCAUCUUCCUCUGCUUGUGAUGCCUCUGCUUCUGCUCUUUCUUCCUCUCGUGCGUAUUUACCGUCUCCUUCUCCUGCUCUUUCUUCGUCUCUGUCUUCUUGCCCCUCCUCUCUCUCUUCAACGUCUUCGUCUGCGCCGUCUUCUGCUUCUUCUGCGCCUUCUACCUUUCCUUCCUCUUCUUCUGCUUCUUUUUCGGUCUAUUCUUCCUAUGGUUCUCCGUGUCAAAUGCCUUUCUCUGCUUGGCUGGCUUCUCGUCGGGCGGAAUCGCUUUCCGCUGGGGAUCCCCUUUCAGUUUUUUCGUCUCCUGUGCGAGGUCGCGCGGAGUCGGCUGGCAGUGCUCAACGAUUCGAGACGACAUCUGCCGCCUCGCCUCUUCGAUUCGAUGAAACAAAGUCCUCUCUGAACUCCGAGACAAGAACUCUUCGAUUUGAGGAGACAGACUCAGUUUCACAGUCCGAGAGAAGAACUCCUUCCUCUCCUGACGCUUCGCCAGUUGCUUCUGUGUCUUGGCCUCCUUCUUUCCUGUCCAGUUCUCCGGUUUCUUCGAGCCUCUCUUCCUCUUCGUCUGUCGCGCCGGAUGUUUCGUUCUCUCCGCCUGUGGGUGCGAAAGACGAAAACGCACUCGAGAACGUCGAAGUUUUCUUUCCUCUGUCUCCGAGAAGAGACCCAGGACCAACGGCGUCACACGCAGCCGUCGGCGCAUCCCCUGCCUCUCUCCCUGACUUCUUUCUUGAGAAGGAAUCAGCGAAAGGCGACGAGAGACGAGGCGAGGGAAGAGCUGCAGGAGGCGCAGAAGUCGAUGCCGGCCUGACCAGAGACGAAGAAGAAGGCGAGGAACUGGACAGGCGAAACGCAGGGGAGAGGAAGGACUCUGGCGAGAGGGGAGAAAGGAGAGCGGGAGAAGGAGAAACAGACAACAAGGCAGGAGAAGAGGAGCAGGAAGAAGAAGUGAACAUGGGAGCAGAGGGAGACGAGGGAGAAGCCGAGUCGGUGGCCGAAUUCGGUGAGAGGAAAUCAGGACAUGAAGAGACUUCACAAGAAAGAGAAAAAGCGAGAUGCACAGGGGGAAAUGUGAGGAAAGGAGCAGAGAGUCGAGAAUCUGAAGGAGAACGAAGAGGAGAAGUGCGUUCUGAAUCUCAAGCUCCACCGACUUUGCUUCUCCGUAGAACGAAUGAUUCAAACAGGCACACAGAAAAAGACGAAGACAGCGAGCUCCUGUACUCCGUCGUUGUCUCCUAUUCCCCCUGUCGUUCUUACGCGAGAGAGGAGAACGAAGGUGAAGGGGAACCGAGAACGGUCGACGCACUUUCUGUCUCGCCUCUUUCUCUGGGGUUUCUUCAUUUAGCAGAAGAACGCAGAAAUGACAAUGACAGGAAAAGACAGAGCGAACAAGGAGAGGCAGGGAGAGAAGACGGAGAGACAGAGAAGAAAGACGGAGAAACAGAGAAGAAAGACGGAGAGAGAGAGAAAGAAGGAGAGCGAGAGAAAGAAGAAGGAGAGAGAGAGAAAGAAGAAGGAGAGAGAGAGAAAAGAGAAGGAGGAGAUAAGGGAGAAGGAGACGAUGAGGAGAGAGACACGAUACAGAAGGCCGCAAGUGCUGGAGAGAGAGCGCGUUUGGAUCGCAUGGAAGAAUCGAACGAGAUCGACGAAGUGAGGAGAAAUCGGGAGGGAGGAGAACAGAUGACAGACGAGCCACAGGAAAUGUGGAGAGAAACGGCGGAGGAGGAACGCGAAGGAGACGGAUGCAAGCCAUUGAAUCUGGAGUUUCAUGAAAGAGAGAAGGCGAUGCGCAUGCGCGCAGCCGGAGAGAGAAGAGAAGACGGAGAGAAGUCUCGAAUUGAAGAAGACGCGACAGGAGGCGAGAGAGCUCGACAGAGUUCCAACAAAGGAGACGGUGUCGAACGAGAAACAGCAGAGUGCAGAGGCGCGCCGCAUAGAAGAGGACAGGAGAUGACGUCCUGUCAGUUCUCCUCCUGGAGUGAGGAGAAGAGCUUCCUUUUGGAGAAGCUGGAACUGUUAGAAGAGAGAAACUCUUUUCUUCAAAAGGAACUGCAAGCGCUUCGACAGAGGCAGACGCCGAAGCCAAGAGCGAAAGAGAUCCACAGCCUGCGUCCGAAUCCCCAGGAGGAAGCCCGCGAGACAAGCGGCGGAGGUGGUGAAGAACAAGACAGAAAUCGAACGCGCGCGGAAGAAGACGGAGAAGAAAGAGAAACCACAGGGAAAGAAGGUGUAUGUACACCAGAGAAGUGGGGAGGCGACGAGAAUGCCGUUACACGCGAGCAAAGACGAGGCGAACGCAAAAGCACUGGCGAGAAGCAAAGUGCAAUCUCAACUGAAACAGUCUCUUCCCGCACAAAGGAAACCUCUGCGUCGCGUCCAGUUGAACCAGUGUCUCCAACAGAAACAAACGCUUCUCAGGCCUUCAAAACUGAACUACAGUCUUGCACUUUCGAUUCUCAACACAGGCAGACAGUCGACAUUGGCAUCCAGACAGAUUCAUGGGAGGCAAGUUCCCCUUCUUCUCUGUCUUCUUCGUCUUCUCUGUCGUCUUCGUCUUCUUCUCUUUCUUCUUCGUCUUCUCUGUCGUCUUCGUCUUCUUCUCUGUCGUCUUCGUCUUCUUCUCUGUCUUCGUCGUCUGCCGAUCUGUCUCGUUCUGUGCCGGGACCGCCUUGUGCGACUCGACCUCGGCCGCCAGGGCCACCGCCCGCUCGAGGCAGGAAGGCGCCGUCUUCCUUGUCUUCUUCAGCUGCUUCUGCGUCUUCGUCUCUGUGCGCUGAGAGGACGCCUGCGGCACUGAGAGCCUGGGGGUGCAGCGUAGAGGAAGAGAAACUCUCCUCGUUGGAAUCUGUUUUGGAGCUGCGUCGCGUUUCUCAGGAGAAGCGACUUCGCCGAGGAGACACCGAGCGCGGGGAGACGCGCGACAGCGGCGCUGAUGUCGACGAAGUCGCCGCGGCGAGAGAGCGGCAGACAUCAGAAGCGAAGGCAGAACCGGCGCGCAGCCAAGUGGCUUGUGUGCUUGCGCGAGCCGGCCCUGUCGCGACGCUCCUGGCCGCACUCGAAAAGUCGCUGGACAGCCAAAGAGGAGACCUGGCUGAGGAACCGGGUGUCUGUACACCUGGCGAGGGCAGCAAGAGGCCGCCGGCCGGCGCCUCGCCUCGAGGCCUUCUUCUAUGGGAGAAGACGUCGGGGGAAGGGCGUUCCGUUGGGCCGGGUCUUCGUCCUUUUUCAAACUCCGCGGAGGUUUCUUCUCUGCAAAAAACUGGCGAUCCGACAUAUGCGCGGGAAGCAAGUGACCGACUCUCUGUCCAGCAGGAGACCUUGGUGAAUGAAUUUCUCCUCACCCUCGGGCCUUCAAGUACGUUUUCUCGGUCUUGCCUUUCUGCUCGCUGA